UGCCUGCGUGUUUAUGUUAAUUUGGGUUCAGAUUUAACAAGGUCUGCCGUACUUUUCAGAACAAUUUACAAGGACCAGCAGCUCCCAUUCUGAUAGCAGCGGCUUUGCAGAAGAUCCAUCCUCUGACAUGACUGGACAGUGCCAGGGUCCAGAUGGUUACCUGCAAGCUAUGGGGAGCAGUGCUGACAGCUGUGAUAGUGAGACAACAGUCACAUCAUUAAUUGAUGACCUUAAAACUCCUCAGAGUUGUGACCAACAGUUUUUCACUCCAUUUCAAACACCAGUGGAAAAUAUGACUCUGGAUCUUAAAGAGACAAUUUUAGAUUUGAAAGCAGAGCUAAUUCCUGAUGCCAUGAUUGAUUCACAAGAAGCAAUGAUUGAGAAUGAAGGCAAGGAAGCUGUUGAUGUGGACAAUUCUAUACAAUCAGGUGAACAGCAGGCUUUAGAUUUUACUGAUGAGGAAUCUUCUUCACAAGGUGACUUGGCACUGUACCCAGAAAGUGAUACAAAGUGUCAAAGUGAACGUGGUGUUCCUAUAUACUCUGGUCACCAAAAGGCUGGACAAAGGCAGAAUAGCAUGGAUUCUAUCCUGAGUUGCUAUUCAGAACCUGCUACUUUAAAUUUAAAGGACGCUGAAGCGAUGAGUUUUUCCUCUUCAUCGAUAGAUAAAAUUACUACACUACUUGAAAGAGCUAAAACAAAAACCUAUAUUGUCUCAAGCACCUCUGGAAGAGCACGACGUCCUGUGACCAAAGCAAAUGAUCAAAUAAUGAGAGAGGGAGAAAGAUCGUCCAAGAAUGAACCUCUUGCACAGAUGAAGCGAUCCAAUUUUCAAAGGUCUAGCUCCCUCCCAACUACACUGCUCAGUCCAGUGCGAGUUGUGUCUUCACUAAAUGUGCAGUUAACACCAGACAGUGGUUCACAGUGCAGUUUGCCCUGUUUUACCUACAAAUACACUGCUGUGAAAGACAAGGAGAAGAUGCCUACAAAUGAUGGUGAUGAGCAGUCAACCUGUCGAUCAAUGCUAUUUAUCCCAUUUGCAAAAAGAGAGAGUAGAAAACAAUUCACUUUGAAUAGACAUCAAGAAAUGCCUCAACAUAGGCUGAGUUCGCAGUCAUUACCAAUGCGUUCACCUCUGACACAGUCUUGCUGUUCUCUUCAUACACUUCCUUCAGACUGGCAAUCUCUGCAUGAUCACAUGAGAACCAGGAGUACGUGCAGCAUUCCCAACCUCUUCGAACCUACUUGUGCAACAUGUGCAGUACCUUUCGGACAAUUGUAUCCUCAGAGACCGGUGGCACACUCUUAUCAUCACAUUCCCAUGAAUCCUCCAUCUGCUACUGAAUCACAGCUUCGCAGAGUCCUUAAUGAGAUUAGAAGCACAGUGCAGAAUCUUUCACGGAUGCCAAUGUUUCAGGGGAGUGAUCAGCCCUUCCCUCAUUAUUCGUCAUCAAGAUUAGGUCUUUUACCAUUGUAUGAAACUACAUAUCAAGAGCUGCAGAUAAUGAGAAGGAAUCUGAACUUUUUUAGAACACAGAUGAUGGACUUGGAAUUCAUGAUGCUAAGGCAGCAAACCUUGGUGUAUCAGCAUUUAUCUGAUGAGGAGAGACAAGAAGCUGACCAACUGCAGAACCUUCGCAACAGUGUGCGUAUGGAACUCCAAGAGCUGGAAUUUCAACUGGAGGAGCGAUCAUUGUCUCUGGAGGAACAGCUCAAAAUCCCGAACCAGUACACUAUGUUUAAUCCUCCACCUUGUGCUGGGGCAUUCACUAAUAACACAGAUACUGUAUCUUCCUCCCCUCUCAAUGUAAUGGAACCGGUAAAUGAGCUUUUGAGGGAACAGUCUUACCUGCAAACUGAACUAGGGUUCUCUGAACCUUUAGGAGAUGAAUGUGAUUACCCACAAUCUUACUCUACACCCUUUAGUAACUUAGAGUCAACUUCACGUUGUUCAAGCCCAGGCCAGAUGCCUAGACAUUCAAGCUCUCUGGGUCACAGUCAUCAAGGUGCACCAAGCUCUACUGUACACUCUGAAAAGCCAGCAACCCAAGCUACCUCAUCGUCACAAGGCAAACAGGUUUAUCGUUCUUCGGUUAUGCUGACUCCCUCACUACCUUCCCAAGUUGGACAGAGAAAGCAGGUUACAGAAGACCGAUUGUCACCAGGGUCCGUGCAGCUGAAGUCAGGAGGUGAGACGCCCGAACUGACUGGAGCUGCAGCAGCUCCUAUUGCUAAAGAAGCACGAGGCAACAUCGUGGAUCAUCCAGAAUUCCAAAACGUUCUGCAAGAGAUAAGAGAAUCACUUGCUGGAGAAAUAAAACGGGAGAUUAUGGAUGGACUUCUAGCUGCAAUAUCACCAACUAGUAGAUCUACUGUUGGACAAAGGGAAUAGUUCUUGUAAUUCUGUAUUUUCAAAGAAUUUUAUUUUGGUCGUGGCCUGGUUUCAAAAAAAGCAGCCUUCAGCAGAGGUGAACACAGUUUAAUUUAUGCCUCCUGGAAUUCUAGUUUCUAACCACUCAUGCUGGUGAAACUUGCCUAUUGAAUGCACCGACUUAGAAAUCCAGUGCUUUAGGAAACGCUACUGCUGCUGAGAUGAACUGCUUUUAUCUAGUCAACUUUUGGAACACCUUGUAGGCAAAUCUAAACUCAACUUUUUGUAUUUGAUUGUGCUUCACCAAGCUAAAAUUGUUUUAAAAUGGUUAAACUCCAAUGUAAUGGGUGUAACAUGUAAAAGAUUUAAAUUUGUUCUAAUAUUUGUUGGUGUCUUUCAAUUAGACAUUUACCUCUUAAGUACAUAGUAAGGUUGAAACUUGAAAUUCCAUUUUUAGUUAAAGCUUAAAUCAGCUACAUGUGAUGUAACACUACGGAAAUUUGUUAUCAUUUCCUUCUUGGAGCACUGACCUCUAUGAGGUACUCCCUGUGCAAUAACUGUUUAACAUGGUAAACUUGAAUUGACAAUGUAUCUUUACUACUGUUUGUAAUCACAUCACCCUUAAUAUCUCUGAAAUAUUCAGUCAACUACAUUUUAUUUUGUGAGGAAAAAAUAUUUUGUCUUUAGUUUUUAAAUGGAAAGAUUAGCAGGCAUCUUUGAGUGCUACAAACUGGUAUGGGGUGGUCCUACACUGUAUUUUGUAAGCAUUAAGUAUUUAAUUCAUUUGAUCAUGAAUUUAUUUGUAAUUUUGAAUAGGUGCAGUAACAGGGGUUGGGAUGCAAAAUACUAGUGCUGAAAGCUUUUUCUAAUUUGUACUUGAUACAUUAUAUUGCCAUACAUUUAUUUACUAAAAAUGCGUGAUGGUUCAUUUAUAUGGAAUAUAUACUAAAAGAAAUUGUACAAGAGUUUAACAUGGGAUGCAUAUGGAAUGUAAUGAAAUCACUAAUAAAUAUUUAUUUUAAAUAUAAAA